AUGCUUCCGCUGCGAUUACCUCAUUGUUGGGCUCGGAAGCCCGAUGCUCCCAUUCUUUCAGGCAGUUCAGUGAAAGGGUCCUCCGAUACUUUUACCCUCCGUCGGGCUCAGCGGGUCGCAUUCAUAUUAUGUAUAUCAACGACAUUGGCUAUAAAAGCGAAAGUUGACGAUCCUAAGGAUAAGAGAGAGGCUGCGAUUGGCUAUGGAUCAUCAGGCCACUCAAGCCAGGCAUACAACUUCCAGUCGCCUGCACAAGGACACGAAGAUGCAAACUCAGCUAUCAGCAUCGGCGCUGGUUAUAGUGUAGGAGGUGGCAAGCCCUCUUACAGUUUUGCAAAUCAAAUAUCUGGUGCUGCCUACCAAGUGCCAUCUGAAGGGUCACCAGCAAGUGGUCACGGUGCUCUUCAACUGGCCCCAAUUACACUACAAUCAUCUCACCCCGGUCUCGUUUCCAACGAUCUCUCGCAGCUGAUGAGCCAACUUUCCCAUGGAUUAAACUCUGGAGCGCUCACACUGUCGCCCGGUAGUCAAGGAGUGUAUCAGUUUGGCGUUCAGAACGCACAUGGAGGGCAAGAGAUUGCUGUUCCUCAAUUCGCUUAUAGCUCACCAAACUCGCAACAAUAUACUUUAGGAGAAGCAGCUCAACCCGUAGUCCCAUCAUAUGCUGCUGGCUCUAAGGGAUUAGGUUCUUACAGUUCGACUGGACCAGUUCUAUUCUCUCCGGAUCAAGGCAAUCAAGCACAAAAUUACGCCUCUCAAAGCGGCGGUCAUUCUAUCAAUGAAGGAGCAUCUAUCUCUUACGGAGAGCCUGCUCAGUCACUGUCCGGUUAUUCAUUAGGUAAUUCAGGACAAUCCUUCGGUGGAUCACUAAACGCUUACGCUGGAAAUUAUGCUGCUCCAGGAAAAUCAUCUUUUAAACCCUCUGCAUUCCUGGGUUCAGUUCAGAGUGAGGGAGGUCAUUCCUUAUCCGGAUCGUAUGCUGCACCGUCUUUUGGUAAUUAUCAUGCUGGUGGUUUGUCCUUAGGGGCUGGUGGUCAUGGUCAUGGAUUUGGUUCAUUGGCUGGAUUCAGCGGUGGUUCACCUAAAUAUAUCUCGCAAACGUAUUUACCUUCUAAAUCUGCCGAUGGCGUAGGUUCCUUAGAUUCAAUUGCAUCAACUUUCUCGGCUAGCGGUCAAUUGGGCCACGGUGCUCAUAGUUUUCCUUCAUCUGGUUACAGCCCCAGCAAUGGCCAUAGCGCUUUAUCGCAAACCCCUCAAUACUAUGUAACUUCAUCAAAGCAUAGCCCUGGAGCUAGCUUUGGAGCCGGAAGCGUUUCAUACAAAAGCCCAAGUUCUGGUCAUAGUUCAUUGAAUUCUUACUCAUCUGGGCCGAAAUACAGCUUUGGUGGACAGAGCACACGUUAUUUACCACCUAAAGACUCUCAUGGCGCUUACAGCGAAACGAAUUACAACACGAUCAAAUACAGCGAAGAACUAAAACCCCGUAUUCAUUAA